AUGGGCGCACGCUUCCAAUGGUUCCGACAACGACAUGUUGCUACAGCAAUCUUCAUGAUAAUUAUUCUUUUCUACUUUAUUGAUCACAGGGAGACAUAUGGUGGCUCCAUACAGCACCUUCCGUCAAAGCAAUCCAAUGUGGACACGCAAUUGGGAAAUACACUCGUUGAAGACAUCCGCUUUGACAAUACGCACAUCGAGGAUGUUCCCGAUGAAAACAUCGAUGUUUCAUGCGAUAUCACCUCGGGUUUGCAAGACAUAUUCCUGGUCCUGAGGACAGGAGCAAACGAGGCGCUCGAAAGGCUUCCCGCUCACUUCAACACUACACUGCGUUGCUUGUCAUCGAAUGACUAUGGAAUCUGGUCCGAUUUCGAAGAGGAUAUUGGUGGAUACCAUGUCAUGAACGCACUAGAUGAGCUUGCCCCUGAAAUUGUGGAGAGCAAUCCGGAUUUCGCAUAUUAUCGACGCCUUCAAGAAGGUGGACGAGGUUCUUUCACGGUGGAGGAACUUGAAGGAUGGGCCAACGCGGCAAACGGACCUGCUGGUCGCGAUAGCCCAGGGUGGAAGCUGGAUAAAUGGAAGUUUCUACCAAUGGUAGACAAGGUCUACCGCCAACGGCAUGAUGCGAAAUGGUAUGUUUUCAUGGAAGGCGAUACUUAUAUCAACUGGACCAACUUUCUCCAUUGGCUGUCAAAAAUUGACCCCUCCAAGCCCUACUAUAUAGGAAAAGAGGUGCAAAUUGGAGACGAUAUCUUUGCCUAUGGAGGCGCAGGGUUUGUUAUAUCGCAGCCCGCUAUGAAGGCAUUGGUGGAAUAUCGUGCAACAAAGCCUGGAGUAUAUGAGGAAUUGACUGCUAAUCAUUGGGCUGGUGACUGCAUCCUUGGUAUUGCUAUGAAGGAUGCUGGGGUGGAGCUUUCCUGGCAGCGCCCUAACUUCUUCGGAGAGUCGCCAUUCGCUAUGGACUACAGUGCCACAAUGCGGUCUUCCGAGCACUAUGCAUGGUGUUAUUACGUCUCGACCUAUCAUCACAUGACCUCUUCUGACAUUGAUGAGGUAUUCAGAUUUGAGAAAAUGUGGAAAGAAGAGAACUCGACUUUUCUUCGUCAUCGUGAUGUUUUCCAUGCCUUGAUGCUCCCAAAGCUUGGCUACAAAGUGGAGAAUUGGGACAAUGACUCAAGUGAUGACGAGGGACCCAUGGAAACUUUUGAAGAAUGUCAAAGCCACUGUAGCGAAAUGUCUGACUGCCUACAAUUCGUUUUCUACGAGCAUGAACGCUUAUGCAAGACUUCAAGCACAAUCAAAACUGGUCACCGGCGCCACGAGAGUGACGCUGACGUAAAGUUAGCUGUAUCUGGAUGGAUGAUGGAUCGCGUUGAGUCAUUCAUUGGAGCAUUAGAUGCGAAAUGCCCCAACGAUGUAGAAUCCUGGAUAUUGCCGUAA